AUGGUGGACAAUGACGACGAAGUUGCUCAAGAUGAAGCUUUGGACGAAUUGGCCAGCUAUUUCAGCGGCAAAGCUCCCAAGAUCGUGAUCACCACAAGCAAGAAUUGCACCAUGGCUUCUUAUGAGUUCUGCGCUGAAUUAGUCACCAUGCUUCCUAAUGCUCAGUACGCGAAACGUGGAUCCAAUCACGAAUUACGGCAUGUCAUCAAGCAGGCAAAAGCGAAGGAGUUCACUGAUCUGUUAAUUGUGAACGAGGAUCGCAAGGUGCCCAAUGCAAUUACGCUGAUCCAUUUACCUGACGGUCCCACAGCAUACUUCAAGCUUACCAGUUAUACUCCAGGCAAACGUAUUGCAAAUCACGGUGCUGUUACUGCUCAUAAUCCCGAAAUUAUCCUCAAUAACUUCAAUACCAGACUUGGUCAUACAGUUGGCCGUAUGUUCCAAGCAUUGUUUCCCCAGCUUCCCGAAUUUCAAGGUAGACAGGUAGUCACCUUUCAUAAUCAACGUGAUUUCAUCUUUGUCCGUCGUCAUCGUUACGUGUUCAGGGAUACAGAACGAGUUGGAUUGCAGGAACUGGGUCCUAGAUUCACUCUGAAAUUGAGAUCGCUUCAGAAGGGCAUUUAUUCUCGUAACGGUGAAUAUGAAUGGGUGUUCAAACCCGAUAUGGAAACAAGCCGCAAGCGCUUCUUCCUUUAA